AUGUCCCCCAUUUCCAUCUCCCGCUCCGACACCCCCAAAGAAUCCUACACCCAACUCCCCGACACGGACCUCGACUCCAUCGGCCGCCACUGCCAACUCCCCUACUGCCACCAACUCGACUUCCUCCCCUUCCGCUGCUCCUCCUGCAAGGGCACCUUCUGUCUCGACCACCGCACCGAAACGGCCCAUAAAUGUCCGCGCGCGGGGGACUGGGCCCGGGCUCAGCACACUGGCUCUUCCUCAUCGCCGUCACCCAGCACGACUUCCACAUCCACGUCGAGCCAAAAACCAACGAUAUAUAAUACGGAUCAGUGCGCGGAGGUGUCGUGCAAGACGUUGAUCCAUACGCUGACGGAUCCGGGGGUGACGUGUCCGGAAUGUAAGCGGAGUUUUUGUUUGAGGCAUCGGUUGAGGGAGGGGCAUGAUUGUCGACCGAGGGGGGGAAGACCGGCGGGUGCGGGGGCGGGAGGGACAGUGGCAGUGGCAGGGACAGAGACGUUGAAGAGUAUGUUCGCCAAGGUGCGGACGUGGGGGAAGAAUGCCACCACCUCUACCACUUCAUCCUCAGGAGGAUCAACCAGUCGAGGAACAAGCCGCGGCAUGAGCCGCACCGCACACGUCAACGCCAUGAAACGGUCCGCGAAAGGAGACGCCACCGUCCCGGUAGACAAACGGGUAUAUCUGGCGGUGGUGGGGACGAGUGAGACGACGACGCGGGCGGCGACGGAUCCGCCGCGCGGGGAGUUCUGGUAUGAUGGGCGGUGGAAGGUGGGACGGGUGUUGGAUGAUGCGGCGAGACGGUUGCAGGUGGCGAAUGUGAAUAAUCGGGGGGGUGGGGAGGAGGAGAGACUCCGGGUGUUUCAUGUGGAGGGGGGCGUGUUUUUGGAGUUUGGGGAUGUCAUUGGGGAGAGGGUUGUGUCGGGGGAUACGGUCGUGUUGUUGCGGGGGGCGGGGGUGGUGCUGUGA